UGUUCCACACAGCAUAUCCUUCCUUUCCUUGAGCGCCGCUCAUAUAUUCUAGUACCCGAUAAAUCAAAAUGGGUGCCAGUCAAAAAGCCACAACGUCAAUUCCUCCCUCCUCCUCUUCGGCAACACCUUCCAGGACCGUUACUAUCCUUCGCAGUAUCGUGCAAAACCCGUGGACCCUACCUUAUAUCGCACUGGUUACACCACUUGUGCGAAGUUUUUGGAAUUACAUGGAUUGGAGUAACGGAGGAGAGGUGUCGCUUAAUUUGAGUCAUGGACUCUUGAUUUUGUACUUUAUUAUAUCACAAUAUGUCCGCAGGUACGGUUGAUAGAAUU